UCUUAAACCGACAAUCCAUAAAGAACCAUCAGAUUUCGAGCGACCAGUGCCUUUUUCUCAAUAAUUUCAUUCAUUAAAUACAUUAUUAUACUUAUUAACAAUUAGCAAAUUGUUUAUACUGUGUCCUAGUGCAUUUAAUCAAAAGUAGAUAUAUUGAAAUAAACAGUACAAUGACGUUGCCACUUCUCAGGAUACAGAUCGAUCCGAUCAUGGGCGACGAGAUCGGCAGAAUGAGAUGUCCGAUGAGUGUUGAGAGUGGCAUCGACAUGUUUGAAGCACCAGGAAGUAACUGCAUUGCUGACAACAGAUGCAGGGAAUACAGUCCUUGGAGCUAUGAUCUACUGGGCAGAAAAUCCAAUCACAAGACUACGUUGGAGGACGAGGAUAGCCAGGAUCUCAACAACUCAAUGGUGAACGAACUCGUUGCAAAGAUUCUCGACGAUGAGCCGAUAAGAAAUGGCGAAACAUACACAAAUCAGUACAAUGGGAAUCCAAUUUAUCAAAAUGACAUACAAUCACGACUGAAAUCCAGAGACUACUCAGACAAUUAUGAAGGAAAUGUUCAGUACCCAUACCCGAGGAUGCCAACUCAUCCUGAUUUGGAGGAACCUCGAGAUUAUCUCCGUGGGGUUAAUCUGAAAGGCCUGACACUUAAUGAUUGCAUUUCCAGCACUGAAAAAUCUAACGACUACACCAGAUUGGAACACCCAAGACCCUUUAACUCUAAUGAGCUGAAUGCUCCCCGAAACUAUGCCCCCCUAGCCAACGGACUCUUGACGACAACAAAUGGCUUCAACUAUCCCCAGCCCUCAAAUUGGACAGACAAUUUAUUGUCUCCGGACUAUACAAAAGACGUAUUUGGUAAUUAUCAGCAGCCCCCUGCCUGUACACACCCUGACUUGAACUUCAACACAAUUGGAAUCAGUGAGAUGGAAGUUCCCAGCAAUAUGGUGAACCCCACCAAUCAUCACUCCACUCCUGUCAUCAAUAUUCACGACUCUUACAACACCAGUGCAAACGGUCCAACUUAUCGUCCAGGUUCAGCCAUGACAGACUUGAGUGGCGACUCAGGAUUCCUCUCUAACUCUCCCCUCCAGCACUUCUCACCAGCAGAUAACGUUCUCCACAACUGUUUCACCAACAGCUACCAACGAAAUAAUUUCGAGGAGAUGCCCAACGAGCACAGAUACCUCCAACAGCCCCAACACCAGCCGUACAAAUUGGAGAAACCCAUCGAGACUAACUACAGAACUGCAAUGCCAAAUUCAGGGAGGUAUCCAGGUGGGAAUGAGUAUCACGAUAUCAGAAACAACGAGUACAGGCCAAUUACUUCAAAAAUUGAUGAGGCUCUGGUGAAUAUGCUGAGUCCCCAGUUGAAACAAAAGGACCAGAUUAAUCAGAGUUACAGCCAGAUGCGUUUCCCCCGCAGUGUCAACUCUCAGAGCAUGGACCAAUCGCCUAAGUACAAUUAUCCAGUUGACAAUGGGUACCACCAUCGUUUCACUGCCAGUACUGAGAAUCUUAAGCCACUUCACAGUCCGGUGUAUCAGACUGGGAAACGUUCUGCAAAUCAAACCUGUGGGUAUCAGAAGGAUCCGUUCGAUUUGGCUGGAGAAAUUGGUUAUACCUCGAAUGCACAUCUGGCACUGGCAAGGGCCUCUGUGGACACCAAUGUUCUCAAUCACUUGAUGAUGAAGCAACAUCAGCAGCUUCAGAUGUCAGUUCCCGAUGUUCUGUUGAAUCAGCGACUCCUGAGGGCAACUGCCCAAGCUAGACCUGGAGUCUUUCCAUCCCUAAUGCCGGUAAUUUCUGCUGUUCCAUCCUUGCACUCGAUGCCCUUCCUCUCUGGGGGAAUGGGGCUCAGGGGAGGAAAUGUGAGGUCCUCGAGACGCGCUGGACCCGCGUCCCUCCUUCACAUGAGGCUUGAGCAGACGUUCGAACAGUUUAAACUCCUGGAGAAGGAGCGAAAAAAAUGUGAGGCUGGCCUAGCUGCUCAUUUUCCAGGGAAGAGAGUUACCAGUGCUAAUAAUAUUAUUGUUCCGAAGCUUCAAGGCAAUUCAUCACGUGCUGAUAGGCUCAUUAUCGAUCAUCUGAGGGAGCACGCUCGCGUCAUAACUCUGAUUGCAAAGAUGGAGCAUUUGAGGGGCGCGAGCAUGAAUCAGAGAAUUCACAAAUCUAUGGAGUACUGGCUGGAGUCAAUAAAAUUUGUCCAGGAGUGCCGCAGGAGGGAAAUUAUACACGCCAAUAAGAGACAGAAGGAUAAUCCACAAUGCAGUCCAAUUCAGGAUGACAAAGAUAUUUUAGCUCUGGCUAACAGUAUUCGUGAACUAACAAAAGCCUCAAGAUUAGCGAGAACAGGAAUGUUCAACGCAAUGCAGGCAACACUCCUUCACAACAAGGACAUCGAAAAAACUAUCGUCGAAACAUCGAAGGAUGCCAUAAUACCACUCAAUCAAGGUGAAGCCCAGGCAAUUGUCGGUGAGACAGACAACUUCACAAUUAGUACCUAGCAAUAUUGCUCUGAGGUCAGCUCAAUUUUACUCUACGAAAUAAACUCUAAGUUACAGCUAUCCGUUCUUGAUUGCGUCCGCUAAGAGGAAAACCCUUCGCUACAUUACUAUUUUUUUUUUACGUUGGGAAAAUCAUUUUUUUUUGUCAAAUCUUGGUGCUAAGAUGUCGAAGCUUUUUUCCAUAAGUAAGAAUAUAAAGUAAUCGAUACCUUCAUGAGAACAAUCAAUUCAAGGGAUGAAAUCAUUACUGAAGCCGUCAAUUUUACGUCGCGACUUUUUUACCGGAAGAAAAUAUUAAAAAGAAAAACUCUAAACUUUACAUAUGAAAAUUUCGAUGCAAGGCAUUUUAAUACAAUUUUAUUUAGAACUUGUGAGAGUCCGUGUGAGACUCUACCUAUGUUUUUCAUUACUUUACACUUGCUAGGAAUGUUCAAGAUAACUCUUCGACCUCUUUAAAGUCCAUUUAAAGAUUUCUGAGUGUCGAGAAGUGACGUAUUCCUCAAAAUUCUUGAAAAAAAAAAGAAAAAGAAAAAAAAACGUCUAAUAGUCGAAACUUGCUUAGAUAGAUAAAUAUAGACCGAAGGAUCCGUACUAAACUCUGUGGGAAAAUUAACUGAUGGAAUAGCUGAAAGAGUGGAAAUCCCUCUGGAUUUUCUCCUCAUAAAAACUAGACGAAGAGAUGUUUUUAGACUAGUUCAAUGUGGCCUUCCUUAUGUGUGUGACCCAAAAUGUGUGUCAGAUAGUGUAAAUUUAGAGUUAAAAAGCAAGAAGAGUAAACAAGAAGAGUAAUCGUUUCGAUAUUUGCGGUCGAAAUAAUCCUAGGUGUUUAAAUGAAGCAAUCCAAAUAUGCUGUCCAUCGUACUGUUCCACGUGUACACGUAAAUAAAUACGUAUUGACAUGUAAACUGCUUGCGCGCGAGCAAUCACAGAUACAUGUACGCGAAAUAUUUCGAGGAAUUAGGCGAGAUAAAAAGAAAAACAAAACCGACAGAUACGAAGGGCCCCGGCGAUUUUUCUGAGUCGAGUGGAAUUAUUUGAAAGUGUUACUAUAUAUAUUAAUGCGUGACCUAUAUCGAGAACAAAACAAUAUGCCCAAUGAUAACAUGCUGACUCACUGAUGCUGUUGACUUACGCCUCGAGUAACUCUAGCAUUUCAUUCCUAUUCCAAUAAUCUUGCGUCAAGAGACGAUACACGUUUCAUAAUGUGAGAAAUUCUCAUGUAGAUUUUUUACCAGAAUUUUUCAGUCUUCUGCUGAAACCCAAAGCCUCUUCACUGGUCAGGGAUAGAUCAUUUUUACAACAUUUUCUUUUCUCUCGCAAUUUAUAAAUCGACUACUAAUGCAUAACACAUCAUAUCUACCGCGCAAUGAUGGCCAUUUAAUUUUUUUUUUAAUAUAUUUUUUUAACAUUUUGAUGAAUAGUGAAAUAGUAGGUUCUGCGGUGCUUUGAGGUCUCUAAAGAAUACUUUUGCAUUUUUCAGGCAUAAAAAUCUAUUAUAUUAACUGUGAUAAAACUAAUGCCAAUUGAGUCGCCCGUAGAUCACUCUCGCGAUCAAAAUACUAAAAUAAAAUAAAAUAUAUUAACGGGGGACUUUGUCCACAAUGAUUCUCUCAUUAACGAAGCUUUCGUCAAUAAAAAAAUGUACUUAAUCGUUGUAGGGGAAAGAAUGUCGCGUCUGUUUGAGGGAAUUCAACCACAAAAUGCCUCUGAGCAACCGCCAUAAGUAAGGACCAUAAUGGAAACGAAACAAUGAAUAAAAACCCCGCUUUGUUAAAUUUCCAAAUGCUUGAAUAAACUCACGUAAUAUAGGGGUGCACGGUAGGGCAAUUUAGCAGGGUGUUUACGCUAGGAAUAUUCAGAAAAGAGAGGAAUAGGCGUUAAGUGCAGGCUAGUGAUGUGUUAGAAAAGCUGGGAUUUAUAACGAAGAACAAAGUGUUUUAACAUUAGGAAAAAUUCAUCUCAUUACAAGCACAUGGUCACGGUUAAUAUUGAAUUAAAUAGGAAACUGUAGGUUACGUGUCCGACAAUCCUCUUUUAAUUGCAUGUGAUAUUAUACUACUAUUUACUACUUGAAGAAAAAAAAAAACAACUCGUAAUGUUUAUGGAAUAGAGGGAUAGGCGAAAUUUAUUACCAAUGCCGAGAAUAAUUCGUGAAAUAUUGAAGAUUAAUCUACUUGUUCGUGUAAAUCAACAAUUACUGCGGUGGAGUAUUAAUUUAAAGAGAAACACUUGAUUAAAUCUAAAUUACUUUUAAACAAAUGACCAAUGCUCGCGCGAUUAGACAAGCAUAUCUUGAUACAUAAAUUUUCAAUAUCUAUUGUCCAUUAGAUACACUUAAUGUCAAGUUUUCCAUCGUGAUGUUAUAUUUUCUAGGCCGGUUUGUCCUUCUUUUAUAGUUCGUUAAUGGCACUAAAAGUUUUUCUCACAACGACCAAUUGAUUCGAUACGACUGAUGACGGCUUUGAGUUUAUUUUUAUUCAUCAUUGGAAAUUCCUUGAGCAUGUGCAUUAUCCAAGAAUAAUAUACAUGGAGUUAGAGUCAUUGUUCCAUUUAAUUGAUUUCGGCAUGAGCUUUGAGACAAAAAAUAUGAAAAUUUUGGAGAAAAAGAAUUAUUAUUGCCGCGUACAUAGCAUAUUUUAUGUCAUUACGUUCGAAGACAUAAUCCUGGACAUGAAACCUCCUAUGAAUGAAUGAACAAAAAUCAAAUAGUUUUUUGAGAAUUCCUUAUCGUCAUUCAAAGCCGUUUCAUUUAGUCGGAAAUUGCGUUUCACAAAUUCCAACGGAUAUAAACUCGUUUUCACAUCCGUUUUUUUUUAUUAUUUUUUCGACUAACAGUUUUUCUUCUCUCACAAUUUUUACGCAAUUAUAACAACGGGUGUUGAUUUAAAACAAAAAUAAAAAUAAAAAAACUGGUUGCUUCGGCUUCCAAUGGUAGUGGUAAUGUUAUAGAUGGCUCAAUGUGAAAAUUACAAGUCUGGUUUAAUAAGAGUACUAUAUUAACGUUAAACAUAAAUAUCCAAUGACUAUUAUAUAUUAUAUAAAUAUAUAUGGCAUAAAGAGAUAAAGGUGAAGAAUAGGUAUCGUGGGAGGGUUAUUGAUGGAUAAAACCCGCGAAAGUAUUCGGGUAAAGAUGAAUAGAAAUGAUAUAUAAAUUAUUACCAUAGAAACAUGCAUAGAUUGGGAGAAUUAAUCUAUCAAGGAGAAUCUAUUCUCUACAUAGGGAUAAUUUUUGCGUGCAUAUCAAACGUAUCUGGGAUUGGUCACGUAAUAUAUUGCUCGCAAGAGAAUUGAAUAUUCCAUCGAUGUAGUAAAAUUAUUAAUGAAAAAUUGGAAAUAGAACAACACGGUAGGAGUGUGCACUAAACUUUUAUCCAAGAUGCGUCCUAACCACCCAAUCCGGGUAUUAUUUUAGCGUAAUUAAUGUUGAAUAAUUAACGUAAACGUACAUACGGUCUUCGCAUCAAGUAAUUUUCAACGUCCGCUUUGCAUUGACAAAAUAGAUUAAAAACCAUAAUUGAAUGAAAUAAUUGAAAAUUAAAAUGACAGAACUCAACAUUUUUUAUAUUAUAUUCAGACUGACUAGUUCGCUUCAGGUGCCGGUCGUUUUUUAAAUAACGAGCCAUUUAAUUAAAUACGAUUUAGUAAUUUCGAGGGAAUUAAUUGUAAAUUUGUUCAAUUGUACAUAAAUAAUUAUUCUGGAAAAACGGUUGAUUUCUCCAGACCAUAUCGAAACGUGCCCUAAGGCUAUUCAACCAAAUGGAAUAUAUAUUAUUUUUCCCUUUUAACACCGAUCGAAUUUCCAUAUCAAUCGAAUUUUUUUUCAUUUGAUUUAUUGAUCAAUUUUUUAGCAAUUAUUUUCGAACAAGAAAAAUUAAACAACAGUCCCAAUUGAUCAAAUUGAAGACCGAGUGGUAAAUGGUAAAUGUCAUCGAUUCUAAAAAAUGCCUCGAUGUUUAAUUGUCAAUUUAAAAAGAGCGUCUCUGAAAAAAAAAACGAUAAAAUCGCAAGAUAUAGAGCUUACUUCUAAAAAUCCCUAGCAAAUUGUCACGCAAAAUUGGACAUUAUCCGAGCGUUUAUAUAUAAAAAUGUCAAUGUCUAAAUGUUUUCCUAGUGUUUAAGGUGGGUUUUAAAAUUUAUCGGAUAUUGGGGCGGCUCCUCAAUCAAAUGGCAACGUCUCAAAUCAUUCUUUAAUUAUAAUUUAUUGUUCAAAACAAACGAAAUCUUCGAAACAUCAGUUAAUUCUCAGGGGAACGCAAGUUUUUCUCGCCCGGAUUUCACAUUUGUGAUUCUUCAACGUGCUCGCAUUUUUUUUUUGCCACUUUUUCCAGUGAAACAAACUGGAGUUUAACUACAUGAACAUUAGACAAUCUUGUUGCACUGCUUUCAGAGUUUAAAUAAUGAAAAAGAAAAAAAACAAAAGAUUCUGAAUAGAUGGUUGAUGAACUAGUUCAUAGAGAUUUAAGAGAGGUGUGACAGGAAGUAAUAAAAACGGAAGAAUUUUUUUAAAAGAUAUUGAACAGGAGUUGAUUGGAGGAUAGAUUUUGAUAUACUCGAUUUGUGGACCAUUGGAACAUUGUACAACGACUGCGUUACAAUAAUAUAUUUAAAAUGUACGAUAAAGUUCUCUUGGACAAGAGGGAUUAGCGUUAUAAAGUUCUUGCGAGCUUCACAUUAUUUUACCAUGAGAUUUCGCGCUGCGAGGCAAUUAUUUGAUUGAGGAAGAUUUGAACGAAUCAAAUCUGACGUCGUGUCGACAAUAUUUGCUAAGGGAUGCUAUUAAAUUAAAAUAAAAAAUGGAGACGCUCGGUAAACAGUGCAAUAAAUCGUGUUUAGAAAUCCAAUGCUUGAUUCGUUGUGCUUUCUAAAUUGUUUAAUAAAAUUCUACAUACAGCUGAAUAAUGGAAAAAAAUAAUUAAAGAAAUUAGAGAGAUUCAUAUGUUCCGUUGAAAGGCAUAUCGACUAAAUUUAUUGUGAACUCGCUAAGUGGUGACGGUCGAUAUCUUCGGGUUAGAUGUGAUAGCUUAAAAACAGAAUUAAUUAGAUGUUGAAUGGCAUUGGAAUGUCAUUUGUUGGUGGUAACGACUGUGUAGUAUCAUUCAAUGGCAUAGGUAAAGGUAGAUCUGUGCUUUAAAUAUUAUUAUUUAAGUACUAGUUUUUUUGUUCCUCGUUUUAAAUGAUAAAAAAAUUGGCUAGUUUUAUAACUAUAUUAGUAUUUUUCUAGUUUUCAUGAGAAUAACGUAAAUGUGGAAGAGUAAUAUUUUAUCAAUCAUAAAAUAUUCAUUGACUAUCAUUACGACGACAUUACGAUAGCUUCUGCUGAAGGGACAGUUUAGUUACCUUCGUGUUAUUAUUAUUAUUAUUAUGUUUUUUUUUUCGCGUCGACAGUGAUUAUUUGAGAUGAAAAAAGGGUACGAGACUGCCAGAUUAGGAUACACUUAAUGUAUUUAUUUUUCUUUUUUUAGAAUCACGAUAUUUUCCACUUUCUAAUAUGUCGUUCUAUUUUUGCAAGCAGAGAGCGAUUACCUAGUCUACAAAGAGAUAUUCAAAUAUCUAAAUGAGAAAAUUAUUAUUAUUAUCAGAGAUUACACUUGCCGUCUGAUUAGAAUGGUAAUAGCAAUUAAUAAAUUAGCUUCCAUCGAACUAAUUCCGUUAUCAAGUCUAUUUGUUGGUGAUUAGUUAAAGGUCUUGCGAUCAGUAUUUCUCUAGUGUUGUCCCAAUUGUGUGAAUAGGGCAAUGGGAAAAGGGGAGAGAGAGGAUGCAUCCUGUAAUAGUCACGUAGAAUUAGAAUUAUGGGUUCAUCUUGGUUCAUACUAACAUUCUUAUGUUUUUGUUUACGCAUAUUAUAUGAUUGACACGUACUAAUUAUAUCAUAUUAAUAUAUUGAAUUAUAUCGUUAAAUGGGCUGUGGUAAAAAAAUAUAAAAAUACAAAAAAAAAUACCUAACUAGCUAGAUGGUUUCGUAGUGUCACCGUCUAUCUGUUAAAUCUAUCACAACGACCACUAUGCACAAAGCUGUACCUUAUUAAUAAUGUUGGAUAGUGAGGACGAGAAGAUGAUAGAGAUAAAAGAAAUGAAAUAAUCCGUCAUAAUAAUUGUCAAUAAUGUGCUGUAUUUAUAACUGUACCCCGCAAUGUGCACGCGAGGGUUUGUUAGACGAGUUUCAAGUAAGAAAAAAAAAUUUCCGAUUUGUUUGCUGUCACGUAAUUGCGCUCUGCUCUAAAGAAGAACAAAAAAAUUGUCACUCCAUAGCAUGUUGAAUGACGUCAUUCAUUCGAACAAUCAGUGAAUUUAUGCAUUUUUAUUUUCUUUAUUGUGUUUUUUGAGUUUUCCAAUGGAAGAUGCAAGGGGUAAUUGCAUCUUUGAAGCAGAACGCCGAAGCAGUCAGUGUGACCUUCACGUGUAGUUGAAUUAUUAGCUCUUAGUCCGCUAGCUAGAUUAAACUGGGACGAAAAGAGAGAUUGUAGAUUCUUGCUCAAUAAAAUGAUGAAAAAAAAAAACACAUGCGCUUCGAAUUAGACUGGCAAGGUACGUCCUCCUGGGGUGGAAUAAUCAGUAAUUGUUUCAUUUUUAUAAGUUGAACUUACUCGAAAUACCCAAGUGGAGGACGGUCUUCCCUUCUGAGAAAAAAAUGUGAAUGAAAUAAUGAAAAUAAUUAAUAUUAAUAUGCAUCUGAGAAUUCACGAACUCGUCUCCUUCCAAUUCUUUUCUACCAAUCGCUUGCCAAGUGUUUUGUCAAUUUCGUGAUUGAGACGAGCACGUGAACGAGGCUAAUGAUAGUAAAUCAAUCUCAGAACGUGUCUUUGCAGAGUACUUUUCAAUUUUUUAAUUAUUGGUAGGUAUUUAUCCCUGAGCUUAAUUGUAAUUCGCCUGUAAAAUUCCUGUUUGUAAUUCUUGAGAUUGAAAUGAGAAUGAGAGAAAUUAAUGUGAGGCGAAUAAUGGAAGAAUUAAUAUAGAUUAUUGCAGGACUCGAGUAGUUGGGCUUGGUCAUUGCUAUGUGGCAAAAUCAUUUAGUUUAAACAUUUUUCCCAAGGUGCUUAGAAUUAGGGAAGUUCGUUGGAAUUAUUCGUGUGAUGGAGUAUAACUUACUAAUUGGAAAUAUUAAUUAAUUAAAGAAAUCUCAGAAAUGUUUGUAAUUAUUUUAUGUUCGUUCUCGAUGCUAUGAAAGUGUUUGUUUAUUGUGCCGUUGUUAUUUUUCUUUCAAUUUGUGAUGAGAUUGCGACAACUGCGCGAUGACGAAUCGCAUUGUGAAAUUGAAUAAGAAAUUUAUGUAUAUCUUUGAACCUACUAAUGGUUGAAAGUUGUGUUUUAUUCGAAGUGUCCUUUCUAUGUACUGGUUUAACCCAAAUAAAUGAGACCUUUCAUGUUCAAACAUUACUCACACCCAAAUCAAUCGUUAGGAUUAGAUGUUUUCCUCCUUUUUAUUCAGUUUAUUACAUACCCUACAUCUUUAUAUUAUGCAUUUUAACGAUUUUAUUUACUUUAUUUACAGUAGAUCCCAGACGUGCGCAGGUGAGCACGUUCAUGGAGAAUUAGCGCUUCAACGCUGAAAAUCAAUCAUAAUAGAAUUGAAUUAUAAAACUUCCAUUUGAUACAAAUUUUCACGAAAUUAGCUGCUAUUCUGUCUAAUUUCGUCCAAUUUUUAACAGGAUUACAGGAGAAUCGAAGAGGUAUUUUGUACAAUUGAAAGACACAGAAUUUUCAAAAAAAAAAAAUAAGAAGAGAAUCAGACCGGUAUUUUGUGAAAUUUAAUUUCGCCCGCCUGUCGACAAAAUACCAAAACCAACUGGAUUACUCCUUACAUUUUCUGUGAUCCUGUUACAAAACUCUUAUUUGAUUGAAGCCAGGUCGAUCAUUGAGCAAGAAUCGAG